GACGUCACCCCCCUGCGCGUGGUCCUGGCCGACACCGCCCUGCGCCUCCGGGCCCUGCUGGACUUUGAGGACGACGAUGGCCACAAAUGGGUGGCGGGGGACGAGUGGCUCUUCGAGGGCCCCGGCACCUACAUCCCGCGCAAGGAGGUGGAGGUGGCGGAGGUGCUGCAGGCCACCAUCAUCGGCCACAACCAGGCCGUGAGGCUGCGGGCGCGCAAGGAGUGCAGGGACCGCGGGGGCGUCCGGCGCGUCACAG